AUGCAUAUUAAAAAAGAAUCGCAGAAUUGCAGGUUUUGGAAGGGACCUCAAGAGAUCAUUGAGUCCAACUCUCCUUCUAAACAAAAUGCCUCAGCAGAGAGAGAGAGUCUGCACGUGGCCUCAAGAAAGGAAGAAAACCAGAGUGUGCAGGAGUGUGAUUCCCAGGAUGUUGGCAAGACAUGUUUGGGGAAUUACAAUAAUUCAACAUCUCGUUUGAAGACAGCAGAAACAGAGACAAGCUUGCAGAUGUUGCGCAACCCUCCAUGGACUAAACCUGAAGAUAAAAAAUCACCUGAAAAAAAUGAGAAAAAGUUCGAAGAUUCUGUUAGCACAAAAGAAAAGAAACUGUAAAUACCACUAAUACGCGUUUACAAAUGUUCAUCACUUGCUUCCAACUUCACAUUCUUUUUAGUCCAUAGGCAAGAAUAGAUCAGAUUUCUAAAGCAUGCAUUUUUCACUACUUUAUGAAUGUUUGUUAGCUAGUCUAGAAUAGACCAAUUAGUACCUUUCAGCAAUAAUCCAAAAUGAAUGUUUGAAGAAAUGCUUUGUAAUAAAGUCCAGUUUUUCAACUAU